GUUGUUUCUCGUGCUCGCUUCAUUUUUAUUUUUGAAUUUUAAUUCCGAGUUUGAGCAAAGAGAUUCAAACCCCUUUAAUUUGUCUCUGAUUUAUUUUAUUUUAUUCAAGUUCUUGUUUCUUGAUUCGAUGGUUGUAUCUUUCUAUUUGUUAAAUACAAUUUCUUUGGUUUAAUUGAGAUUAAUACGGGUUUGAAGAUUAGGGUUUUGGGUUGGUUGGUUACGUCCCGUUUGGUUGGCGAGAAAACCAAGGGAAAGGAGAGAAAGGAAAUGAAAAGAAAACUUUGAAUCUUGCGGUUAUGUUAUUUGGUUAAAAUCUGACACUAAUUGAACCAAACUGUUAUUUUAAGCUCAGUUGAGUGGGGAUUUUUGUUUUACCUGUUCCCGAGCAGGGCAAAAUACGACCCAAAGCUAGUGCUUCCCUUCCUACCUUGUAUCGGCAACCAAACAGCGGGUUGCAGUGAUUCGGUCUCCGAUGGGCUUGCGAGGUGAUUAUUGCUUGUGGGUCAGUGUUGUUAUUAUUCUAGACUUGAGAUUCAGUUGAAAAUAAGGUAUUGCUUUCAAUGGUGAUCUCCCUCUUGUAUUUGGUAUCCUUUGCUUCGCAUUUAAGCAAGGGUAAUGUAAAUUUAUCAGUUUAGCACGGGUGCUGGAUCUUUUCAUCUCAUUCUGCAUAUUAGUUUCUUCAAAGUUCAACUUUAUGCAUGUUUUUUAUUUUCUUUUUCUCAUUUUGGAGGUGUGAGUUUAUUCGAUUUGUUUUAGGUAUGGGACAAUUGGUGUUGCAGGUGCUUAAUUUCUUACCAUCUUUGAGUUGAAUUUUAUAUCCUCUGUGUUUUUUCUACGAUGAGAAACUCAAUGGUGGUUGUGUGGUCAUGGUUCUUGAUUGUCAAACACGAGAUUUCUGACUUCUUCUUUGUUUGCUCCUUCAGCUUGUUUCUCAGGUAGGAGAAAAUUUGUAGACUUGUGAACAUAUGUUGUAUUCCACAUUGGAGUCUUGAAGUUGUUGUUUAACAUCACGGAAGAGCAAGAGAAAAGAUCCAUAAUUAUUGUAUGCUUUCUUCAAUUCUGUUUCAGUGGAAUUAAAUGGCUGUUUCUUCUCAAGAACCAAGUUGCGAGAGCCAAACUGACAGGUAUCCUUUGCUCAUGGAACGGCCAGAAAACUAUGAGAAUCAUGAGCACAUUGUUGACAUAGUCAGUGCUAGUGAUGCUUCCUCAUCAAGCUCAUCUGAUGAAGAUUCUGCUCAUGUUUCAAAUCCAACCCACCAUGAAAAUAGACCAUUAACUGACGCUUGGGUCCCCAUAUCUCAAUCUUCCCCAUCUUCCUCCGAUGUAUCAGAGUCUAGGAAUUCUUCAAUCAUAACCAGAGCUCAUGGGCCAGGGCGUCGUCGCUGGAGUCCGUUUAAUUCAGGGUUAUGGAUUUCCAUUGAGAUAGUUUUCACUACAAGCCUGAUUGUUGCAUCCAUAGUAGUAUUGUCCUUGUCAAGAGAUGAGAAACCACAAACUCCGUUGUUUGCUUGGGUUGUGGGUUAUGCAGCUGGAUGUGCAGCAAGCCUUCCUAUUCUUUUCUGGCGUUAUCUUCGCCGCAACCAUGAUGGUGAGCAAGGUUUAAAUCAUAUGCUUCAGGGUUCAUCACAAGGAAGUACUACAUUGGAAUCUAAUUCGUACAUAACUAUCUCAUUGACCCGGUCUGCAGCAGAGGAAAAUCUCCCAGAUGCGUCUACAAACACUUGGAAUGGUCAUACUAUGGGUGCUUCAAAUGCUAGGCUCAGUGUAUUAGCAGACUACUAUAAGAUGGCCCUGGAUUGCUUCUUUGCUGUGUGGUUUGUGGUUGGUAAUGUAUGGAUUUUUGGAGGACACUCCUCUUUUACCGCAGCUCCAAAUUUGUACAGGUUAUGUAUUGUGUUUCUUACCUUUAGCUGUAUUGGAUACGCUAUGCCUUUCAUUCUAUGUGCAAUGAUAUGCUGCUGCUUGCCUUGUAUAAUUUCAAUUCUUGGCCAUGGGGAUCUGAGCCAAGUUAGAGGAGCCAGUGCAGAAUCUAUUAAUGCUUUACCAACCUACAAAUUCAAGUUGAAGAAAAAUGGAAGUGGCAACAGUGGAGAAAUUAGUUCUGGAGUUGAAGGUGGGGUUGUGGGAGCGGGAACAGAAAAGGAGCGCGCUAUCUCAGGGGAAGAUGCUGUUUGUUGCAUUUGCUUGACAAGAUAUGCAGAUGAUGAUGAGCUGAGGGAGCUGCCUUGCUCUCAUUUCUUCCAUAGUGAGUGUGUGGAUAAAUGGCUGAAGAUCAAUGCAUCCUGUCCCCUCUGCAAAUGCGAGGUUGGUGAGAAUACUGGGAGUUUGCCAUCUUCAUCAAACUCCUCCCAGCAACGAUGAAAGAUUUAUGGGUUAAAACUUCCAAUCAAAAUUUAAUGUGUCUAAGGAUGAAAGUAUUCUUCUCAAGUUGAAAUAACCAUUUUUCAACUGAUCCCUGUGUUAUUGGCCAUAAACUGGAUCUGGUCUGUACAGUUGAGAUUGUCUAGUUUCUAUCACAGCCUUGUAUGAUAUACAGAAAAUUUCAAAA